AUGUUUUAUUGCUUUCUUAAUUAUUAAAUUAAAAUAAUUUAAUUUUUUACAUUUCUUUUAUUUAAAUUUUAUAUAUCUUUAGUAUUUUUUUUUAUUAAAAAAAGGAUUGUAAUAUAAAUUAAUUAACCUUUAUAUACAAAAUAAAAAAAAUUGACUAAUAUUUACAAUUAUCAAUAAUUUCAAUAUCCUAUGAAUGAAUAAGAAUUUUUAGAAGAUUUAAACAGUGAAGAAUUUGAAGAAAUCCAUUAAUCAUGUGUAAUUUAAAACGCUUUAAUAGAUAAUACUAUAAGUUUAGAUUUAACCGACCCAACAAAAUAAAAAAAGACAAAAACGAAUAAACUAAAUACUCAAAUAAUAAUAUAAACACAUCCGAUAUUUUAGAUUAAAUAGACUAAUUCGAACAAAACCAAAUAAAAAUAUCACAAGAAACCCUCUAAAAAAUCGACGAGAAAUACCAUUAAAUAUUUUAGAAUUAAUAUCCUUAAUUAGUAUAUUAAAAAGGAAUAAUAUUUGUAAAUUUAUAAUGGGUUGAUUAAAUAAUAAAAAAAGAUGAUAAAAUAUCUAUAAUAUACAUAUAAAAUGAACAAAAGAUGAUAUUAGGAAC